UCAGGCCACCAACACAAUCGUCGUUGCCGUUGUCUGCGAUGUCAGGCCCCUUUCCAGUUCAAGCUGGUACACAACCAAGUGGUACGUCUGCAACAGUUGCACAGACUGUUGCAUCUUCUUUUUCGGGUCCAGCGGUGGGAGCUACUCCACCGCAACAACCUGUUCCUCAACAGGGACAAUGGUAUCCUAAGACCCCAAUGAAACCGCCUCUUGCCUUCUCAGGCGAGAGAAAGGACGAAGAGCUCAACACUUGGUUGAGGACAGUCUCGGUUUGGGUGAAGGCCAAGAGGACCUUGCUGGAGGACGAAGUGGUAACUGCUGCAUCUUACCUUGAGGGUAAAGCAGCCAAAUGGCUAGAUGGUGUAGUUGUGAAGGCCAGGUACGGGCGACGCAUGGCGGACUGGGCUACGUCUUUAACGGUAUACCAGUUCAUGGAGAUAGUAGAAGCUCGAUGGCAUAAUCCAAAGGAGGCACAAAGAGCCACUGAUGCGAUUAACAAGUUAGACCAACGAAAGUUCAAGUCGGUUAGAGAGCUUACGACUACCGUGGAGAGCCUGAUCCUCGUUCCAGGCAUCAACUACAGUGACCAGUUCCUGUUAACUACGUUUGUUAGAUGUCUUCCAGAGAACAUCAGGAACUUGCUGGCCAGUGAGGCACGCGUCGAGUACCAUUCGUUUGAGACAUUGUCUAGGAAAGCCUUAGACUUGGAGGCCACUCUAGGCAAUGCUCAACCCUCUCAGAAUGACACGAAGAAGAAGAAGAGUCCUCAGGAGUGGAAGAAGAAGGGGGCUAAGUUGAUGAUGGUUGAGUCCAAUGGGACUCAAACUGAGAUUGACGAGCUCACUGACCUGAUGGGUUACUCAGAGUACGACGGCGAGGAGACCGCUGAGGGUAGCACCCUCGCCGCAGUUGUAAAGGCUAAGGCAGGUGGCCGAGGGAAGGGCAAACCAAGGAGUCAAGGGAAGGCCGCCUCCAACCAGACCAAAGUGGCUGAUUGGGUGAAGGCAGGUCUUGAUCAAGACGUGUGGCGUGACCGCCGAGUGCGUGGUGCUUGUUUCAACUGCGGGGAAUACGGUCACUCGCAGUACAAGUGCCAGAACGCAAAGGUGCUCAAGCAUAAGUUGCCCGAUGGCCGAACUGUCAGAUUGACUAAGUUCAAGGUAAGUAGUAUUAUAGAUACCUAUGGUUGCUUGUGUGCAUCAGCGUUCUACAAUUACUAUAAGCAAAACCAAGAGGAAGGUAUGUACCUUGUGUAUGUCUCUGAGAAAGGGGAGGCCGUUAAAACACCCCCAGAGAUAGAACGCGUCGUUGCUAAGUUCCCUGAUCUGUUCGAAGAGCCCACAAGAGUUGUUGAAAGGGAAGUUGUCCACGCUAUAGAAAUCAUCCCAGGGAGUAAGACCCCAAAGGGAAGGAUCUAUAGGAUGGCUCCCGCCGAGUUAGAUGAACUUCGGCAACAACUUAAGGAGCUGACAGAAAAGGGAUGGAUUCGGCCUAGUACUUCCCAUUACGGAUCUCCUGUGCUAUUCGUACCGAAGAAGGGGGGUACAUUGAGGAUGUGCAUUGACUAUAGAGGCCUCAAUGCCAUCACUGUGAAGAACGCAGAGCCUCUACCUCGCAUAGACGACCUAUUGGAUAGGGUGCAGGGAUGCAAGUACUAUAGCAAGAUAGACUUGAAAUCCGGCUAUCAUCAGAUCGCUAUAAGACCUGAGGACCAACAGAAGACAACUUUUCAGACACGUUAUGGUCUGUAUGAGUUUGUAGUGAUGCCCUUUGGUCUUUGCAAUGCGCCGGGAACAUUCCAGCACGCUACGAAUCGGAUCUUCCAUGACCAUUUAGAUAAGUUUGUCGUGGUCUACCUUGACGAGAUUCUGAUCUUUAGUAAGUCUGCCGAGGAGCAUGCACAACAUGUUGAGACGGUACUUUCACUCCUUCGACAACACAAGUAUAAGGUCAACUUAGAGAAGUGUGAAUUCGGUCGCACUAAGAUACUAUACUUGGGUCAUGAAGUAUCAGCGGAAGGGAUUAGGCCGGAAGAUGCGAAGGUGGCUAGUAUUCGAGACUGGCCACGACCUCAGACUGUCACUGAGUUCAGAUCUUUCUUAGGAAUGUGCGGCUACUAUAGAAAUUUUGUAAAGAACUAUUCUACAGUUGCCUCUCCUUUGACAGAUCUAACUCGACUUGACACGCCGUGGGACUGGAGUGAUGAGUGCGAGGGUGCUUUCAAGCGAUUGAAGCAUGCCCUCAUGAAUCAUGAAGUUCUCAUGGUUCCCGAUCCUCAGAAGCCAUUCAUAGUGACCACUAACGCAAGCCAAUACGGCAUUGGCGCAGUGCUGGCUCAACAGGAUGGGAAAAAGUUGAGACCGAUUGAGUACAUGAGUAAGAAGAUGCCAUCAAAGAAGUUGGCAAAGUCCAGCUACGAAAGGGAACUCUAUGCUCUAUAUAAAGCACUUGUCCAUUGGAGACCCUUCCUAUCGGGAAGGUUCUUCUACUUGAGGACUGAUCAUCAGACCCUCAAAUGGAUCAAGACUCAACCGACUCUUUCUGACGCACUCAAGCGGUGGAUUGAGGUCAUAGACCAAUAUGACUUCAAGCUUGAGUAUCUGAAGGGAGAGUACAACAAGGUUGCAGAUGCGCUAUCACGUAGAGUAUACUACCUAGGUGCGCUAGUUUCUUUGGCGUAUCUGAUGAAGUAACUCAAUCAUUGGUGGGAGCCUAUCAGGAAGACCCUGUCACGACGGACAUCAUGCGCAGACUUCAGGCUAAAGACAAGGCCACAGAAAGU